AAUAAAGCGCUUCAGAAGGGUAAUUCCAGUUGCAUCAUCCAAACGCCUUCCUUUGCUGCUGCUAAGAGGAAUAAUUUUGUGUUUUAAGGUCACUUUUGCGAUGGAUUAAUGUCAAUUUCACUUCGGAUACUACACUGCUUGUUUACGGAUAUGUAUAAACGAUGUGGAUGUCUCAUAGACAUAGCUUGUUAAUUGCGAUAGGGGGCUGAAGGUUUUAUCAUGGCGGCAAUUAGAAGGAAGCAUGGGAAAGUCGCUUUGGCAAGUUCAGCCGCGGUGUUGUUUUGUGACACUGGAACGUAUGAAGGAUGGAGAACAGUGACGAUCCCAGAGGGACAGACAGAAGGAAAGAAGGAGGAAGACGAGGACAGGCUGACUGAGAAUGGGGGGAAUCGUGUCCUGGCUUCGGCCUUUUCCCUGAGUGGACAGUACUUUGCCGUCUGCGACAACCAGAAACAGCUCCAUCUGUACAGGACUGGACAGGAGUGGACGCUGGUCAGUACAAGGAGUGUGGUGAAGCGAGGAAAGAGCCUGGCUUUCACGCAGGAUGAGGAGAAAGUCAUCUUAUCGGACAAGUCUGGAGAUGUCUACAGCUUCCCCGUUUCUGAGCCUGACAGCCAAGGGGAGCUAACUCAUGGCCACCUUUCCAUGGUGCUGGAUCUGGUGCUUACAAAGGGGGACCAGUAUGUGGUGACAUGUGACCGCGAUGAGAAGAUACGGGUCAGCAACUUCCCCAACUCCUACAACAUAUACAGCUUCUGUCUAGGACACACUGACUUCAUCACCUGCCUCAGUUAUGUCCAAGAAGAUGACAUUCUGCUGUCAGGGUCAGGGGACACAACGAUCCGUGCAUGGACUCUUGAGGGUAAACAGCUGAGUUGUACAAAGACAGGUGCAGUCCAGUCUUCCAGCACUGACCAGGUGCCGGACGCAAACACUCGACCAUCGGUCCAGAACAUGUCCUACUGCCCUAAACACAGACUGCUAGCUGUGGCUUUCUAUGGGUACCCCAAUGUGGAAGUGUACAGAUUGGCAGCCCGAGGCAAGGGCUGUUCCUUGACCCUGCAGCAGAGCAUCUCAUUAACUGUUGACCCCUGGGACAUUAGUUUCGAUGCUGAUGGCAACCUGUGGCUGGUCCAGCCAGUAGAGGGCAGCACCCUACAGGUGUAUCGCCCCCUUCCAGAUGGUGGCCAGUCAGUCAAGCUGAGUGAAGUGGGUGAGGGUGAGAAGACACUUUAUCAGAUACAGACGGACCUCAACUCAAAGUGGGACAUGUUCCAGGGUUGCCUGACAACCCCAAGCAUUAUUCCCACCCUCUGGAAACAACGUAUAGACAAUAUGACUGACUACUUGAAGCGUAAAGAGCAACGGAUGACAGGGGACAAAGAAGGGGGAGAUAACUCCAACAAAGACUCUCCUCCAGAAAAAGUUACAAAAAACUCAUGAUAUUGACUACCGUGUGUAUAAUAAGCAGACAUAUUCAUUUAAUAAAUAAUUGUAACAA